UGUGAGCUUGUGGAGGAGUGUGUAUUAGUGCGUUUAUGCUGUGGGAACACACACACACACACACACACACACGGAGUGUACAUCAGAGGAGUGAGUGCGGACUUCGGAAGUAAACUAGCUAUUAUGAGUACUGAUUAGAGCUCACCUGUGUGAUCAAGACCGCGGAGUGUGUUCUGUAUAUUAGUAGUAGUGCGUGUAGUGUAUUGUGUGGUGCAGUGUGUGUGUAUGGCUCUGGAUUACUCUGGAGUGUUGGAGUGUGAGCAGUGGGCAUACACAGACCAUGUGGACCCUCAUAUACUGACCCCCACGUUGGGAGAGAUCAUGUCUGUGAGGGAGCUCUACGAGGAUGAUGAAGCUCGGGAGUCGGAUCAUGACAGCGCCAUCGAGAGUGCUGCGGGAUCUGACCUCUCUGAUGGAGGAAGAGGAGGAGAGAAAGAAGAACCCCUGCCUCUCUUUCUGUCAGGACAAAAGAGUGGAGAGGUCAGUCAGAACCCAUCGGUUACGUCUGACCAUUCAACGCACUCGCUGAACGAGGAACAGUUUGAGGAUUAUGGAGAGGGAGAUGACGGAGACUACAGUCCCAUCAGCCCCGAAUAUGAGACCCACACCAACGGCUUCUCUGACCUCGGAUCUUCACUGUCCUCCAGUGCGGGUCACACUCCGAGGAAGGUGCCCCAGCUGAAUGGAGAUCAGGACGUGUUUUGUUCAAACUGCUGCAAGAAAGUUGUUCAGCUCAACGAACUCGAGACUCGCCUUAAAAACCUCAGACUACACAGCCCAAACAGAACAAUCUCCAGUACAGCAUUUGGCAGGCAGCUCCUCCACCACAGUAAUCUCAUCAGUAGCAACGACAGCACAGAGGAUCUGUUUAAAGAAACCAUUGACUACUGUGAUGUCGACAUCACCGAGAAGGUGAGUGAGUUGGAGAAGAAGCUGUUUGAGUUGGAGAGUGAAUGUCUAAUGAAUGGAGAUGUGAAAUCCAAACUCAAACAGGAGAACACACAACUAGUGCACAGGGUACAUGAGUUGGAGGAACAGUUAAAGGAACAGGAAAUGAGGGCGAAGCAGACUCUAGAUGAUGAACAGCAGAGACAUAGAGACUCCCUUAGCAAGUUAGAGAGGGACAAGGAUACACAGAUUGAUCUGCUUAAUAACAGGGUGCAGCACUUGGAGGUGGAGAUUUCUGAGAUGCUCACUAAUGUCAAGAGGCUAAAGGCUCAGACGGAGAAGCUGGACGAGGAGAAACAGCGGAUGACGGAUAAACUGGAAGACACGAGUCUGCGUCUGAGGGACGAGAUGGACCUGAACAGGAAGAUGAUGGACAAACUGAGGCAGAGCCGAAGCGACUUUCAGAAAGAAAGAGAAGCCCUGCAGGAGUUAAUUGAGGAUCUGAGGCGCGAGCUGGAGCAACUGCAUCUCUACAAGCUGGAGGCAGAGCGAUUGGGGCGGAUCCGGCGUGCGUCCAUUCUUCAGUCAGAUUUCCCAGGGCGGACCCGUGAGAACGAACUGGAGCAGGAGGUCAGGAGACUCAAACAGGACGUUUCUUUUGACCUUCAGCAGCGAGUGUGUGUUAGCGCACAACUGUGCCGCAGUCUGGCGGAGCACCAGAAGCUCCGGGAGCAGAAUGAAGAACUGAAUGGACAGAUCCUCAGUCUGAGUCUACACGAAGCAAAGAACCUGUUUGCUACUCAGACCAAAGCUCAGUCACUAGCUGCUGAAAUCGACAACGCCUCACGUGAUCAGUUGAUGGAUGCCCUCAAAGAGCAGGAGGAGAUAAACACCCGACUCCGGCAGUACAUGGACAAGAUUAUAUUAACCAUCCUGGACCACAACCCAUCCAUCCUGGAAAUUAAGCUCUAAAAAUAAGCUGGUGGAACACUGGACUUAUGUCGCCCCCUGCUGCCCUGGAGGAGGAACUGAGUUUUUCCUAGAGGAUUUGCACUUCUUGGUGUAAAGUGAACUUAAUGCACCCUUCCUGAGGAUGGGUUCCUGUGCACUUUUCCAAUGAUACUUCAUCAUGGCUGCUGAAUGGAAAUCAGCGCUAGAGGAGCAUGAUGGGACUGUGAAAUGAAGUGAUUGGAAAGGAUUUGCAACACUGGACGUGUCUUGCAAUACACACAUGCGACGGGUCACUAAAGUGGACAAGAUGGUUAAAAAUAAGUCCAUUUUUUGUGAGUUAUCAGAGCUGCUGAUUGGUAAUUGUAGUGUUAAGUACGUCAGUUCUGAUGGCGUUAUUGGCAGUGUAAGGCAUUUUUAUGUGAGGAUUUAGAAAGUGUUUAAUGGUCUGAUGGAUCAUAGAAAGAGAGCGAUGAAAACAGCAAGUGCUAGACAGAAGAUUAGAUGCUACAGAAGCACAUCCUGAUUUUCCAGAGUAACCAGUAUCUUCAGGUUAACAAAGAUGCAGUUUAAGUUAGGAUUGAUUAAACAAUUACAGACCUGAUCACAUGACCAGCUCUAGCUUUUAGGUGCUUUGGGCCUUUAGUCUAAAAUAGUGGAUUUAACUGCAGAAUAAAUGUUUAUAUUAGCCAAGCUAGCUUGUAACAAUGUGCAGCAAUGUGUUUAUCUAACCAAGCUGCCUCACCUAAUGUUAAUACAACAUCUCCAGCUGUAGAUAUAAAACGUUACAUCGCUAGUUAAGUUUAACAGAAUUUUCAGUCAUGUGAUGUUGAUUUAUAAUCAGGUUUGCGAUUAUUUAAUUAAAUUUAACUUUUUUCAAAAUUAGUACGUGUGGUACCUUAACAAGUGCCAAUAUUAAAUUUUCGGACCAGACUAAUUGGUGUUCCAUUUAAACUGUUAAGCGUUGUGUUAUGAAUUCGGUAGUAUAAGUGAAAGGAGUUAUGGGAAUGCCUAAUCUACCACUAAACAUUUUUCAAAAAUCUGUCUGUCUGCUGCCUUUUUAAUAGGGCAGCUUUAUCAUUAACAAUUAUACAAUUGUACAAUUAUAGUAGUGAAUAUGCUAAACUUACAUUGUAUAACCAGUUAUCUGCUAAUGCCCAGGCAAUACAGAGCACAGAAACGCCACUGAAAUCAAAGAGAGUGCAAAAAUGGACUUGGUGUUGUGAAUGUAUGGAUGUCAGUGUGAGAAUUUUUUAAUACUCAUCUUUCUAUUCUGUCAUUUCGAAGUGCUUCCUGUUCUUAAACUGUUACAAGGCCAGGUUUGUAGGCAAGGUUUAUAGAUCAGCCAUAAGCUGCUGUUACAGACAGCCUUUUUCUAAUCAGGGUCUUUAAUUCAGUGUUUUUAUUCUAGGAAUUAUAGAAUGUUUUUACACCAGCAAUGUAAAUCAAUUAACAAAAAUGUGGAAUUUAAAGUCUGUGGAUUGAAUGGAAGAAAACCAGAUUUAGAUGAAUUAAUCUGAUACUAAGAACUGAUAUCAGAUGAAUAUUAGCCUGAAUGCUGGUAAGAGAUGUUCCAAUUAACCCAAAUGUAGUUGCUUAGCCAUCCAGUUUACCACCAGUUUAGCAUUACUGCUUAAAAAACUCAAGUCCAAAUCAUCACUAAUUUAUGCUAAAUCUAAUAUAAAAACUUUAUAUGGUCUUAGGUGUGAUGAUUUAGGUAUUCGGUUUGUGUGAACCAGUCGUAUGCAUUUGCUCAGUAUCUGAUCUGGUCCAGUCUGAUACUCAGGCUCUGGUAUCUGUAUUGAACAGAAAAUACAUCAGGUGAACAAUGGGAUCUGUGCAUUCCUAUUAUUUCUUAGAUGUUGAAUUGGGUGUAGUUUGUAAUGUACUUGGUGACUGGGUCACUGUACACUUAAAAUUGUGGUUGUUACAAUUUCACAGAAUGUUAGUUUUUGUUUAAAUUACAUAAACCGACCAGCAAUCAAUUUUUCCAGAAGCAUAAUGAAGGUAAGGUUGUUCUUCACAUCCACUAAGGUAGUAUUGUUUCAUUUGUUUGUACCUUUAGCUUUGCACCAUUGUCACAGUUGUUUUUGUAUGUUUUAUGCCAUUUCUUUAUUGUAAGUAUUUGUGCCUUUUAUGUACCAGUCCCACUGACAGACUGAUUGUUUAGACUUCUUGCACAUUUGUAAAUCACAUUAUUUUAGUGGAAUUUCAAUGUAAUCCCUAAACAACUGUAAAUACUGUACAUAAUUAAUCAGUUUUCUAUUCUACAGUCAAUUCACAUUCCUUCUUUGCCACUUUUGUACUCAUGAUGUUUUUUUGUAUCAUCUGAAAAGUCUACUUUAAAGUUACUUGCAGAUGAAAGCCAGAAUUUUUUUCAUGCUCUAGGUCUAUCUUCCUGGGAAAAAUAAUUAAAAAGGUGCUUUAUAAUGAAUCUAAAAGCAAUAUUACACCACUAAUAUAGUGACAGAAGCCACAAGCUGUAGCCUAAUUGCUGAAAGCACUCUGGGUCUGCUGCACUGAUUCAACAUUAUUCCAUUUUGGAAUUGGGUUAUAAGAUGUAGAAAUAUUAAAAACAGUGCAUUGUAAAUCACUACACUUUGUUUUCUCUCCAGAUUCCUACAGUGAUCAAACAUUUGUCUAAAAUCCUGUAGUUAUGAGCCAAAUAUCAGCAAAUCCAGACUAUUAAAAUCAUCAAAUGUGCUGUUUGCUGUUAGCCAGUCUACUGUGGUUAAUGACGUCUAGCUUCUCCAACUUUAAAUCACUUGUUUAUGAAAUUUUUUAAUCUUUGACAGGGCAGAGGUUUCUCAGUGAUUUGUAUGUUUAAUAUGCAGAUCAUUUUAAUUGCGUUCAAUUUUCUGAUUAGCCGUAAGAUCAGCCUUGUUCAUUGAUUAAUGUAACUUGAAGUAUUGUUUUCUCUUUUUGUAAAAUAGCUGUAAUGUUCUGCAUCAUGUUGAAUAUGCAAAAAGAAGUCAACUUCAGCAUGGUUUAGAUAAACAGGAUGUUACUGUGGCUAGACUUUUGAAAAUAAAUUCUAAUGUCAA